AUGGCUGCUCUCGGAGCCGCUAUGCGCUUGCCGGGCGGCCGUCUUUUCGCCCCUUCUCUCUUCCUGCGAUGGCGGCGGCCGAGCCGAGCCUCGUGGGGACGGCGGGAGCUCUGCCAGGGCUCGGAGGCGGAUGAAGACAAAUCUAAUAUUACAAAGCCUAGUUUUACGGAUGAAAGAGUUCAAACCCUGCUCUACAAGAUGACAGGGCUGGAUCUGCAGAAGGUGUUUAAGCCCAUAAAACAGGAACUUGAGCCUCCAAAGUACAAGCUCAUGACAAAAUUGCAACUGGAGGAGGCUACGAGGCAAGCUGUUGAGAAAGCCAGAGAGAGGUUGGAAAUGCCUCCUGUAUUAAGUGAGCGGGACCCAGUUAAUGAUGUAUUAUCAGAAGACAAGAUUCUUGAUGGAAUUGAGCCUUACAAAUAUGUAUUUACAGACUUAACAUAUGAUACCCCACACCGUGAACGUUUCAUUGUAGUUCGAGAAACGAGUGGAGUAUUACGCAAGGCCACUUGGGAGGAAAGGGACAGGAUGAUACAGAUCUUCUUCCCAAGAGAAGGCCGUGAAAUUUCCCCUCCACCUCUGUUCAGGAAUGAAAACCUUAUGACUGUGUUUCUUCAGGACCGUCAUGAAGAGCUCCUUAAUCUCUGCCUUGUGCAAUUUGAGCCGGAUUCACCUGACUAUAUCAGGGUUCAUCACUGUACGUAUGAAGAUAUUGAUAAGCAUGCAAAGUAUGACCUUCUGCGUUCAACAAGACACUUUGGAGGAAUGGUGUGGUACCUUGUAAAUAGGAAGAGGACAGAUGGGUUGCUGAUUGACAUGAUUCAGAGGGAUCUGUUGGAAGAUGCCACAAGUCUGGUCAACCUUUAUCACAUGCUCCACCCUGAUUGCCAGUCCGCAAGAGAAGCACAAGAUCUCCAAGGGCUAGAUUUAAUUAAGACUUUUGUGAAGACAGAAGUACAGAGAGCUGGAUAUAUUGAACUAGCACUUCGGGCUUAUCAAGAAAAUUUGCCUCAGUCUGAAGCUUCAUAAAAUGAUUCCCUUGAUCCAUUUCAUUUUGUGUGAUAUCUGAAGCCUCUAAAAUGUACAUAGAACUUAAAUAAAAUAUUGUCACAAUAUUCCUAUAGGAUAAAAGACAUCUGGCCUGUUUGAUCAAGUAAGUAUUCUACCUUUCCAUUAAAAUCGUAAUUUUGCAAGUACAAUACUUAGUAUUGUAAGGACACUGAAAAGGAGUCUAAACUGUAAAGACGUUUAUUGGGGAACAAGUGUUUGCAACAGAAUCUAAGAUCAUCUAAACAACAGAAAAAUGAUUAUUUGAUGCAUUUUACAGAUCUGUUCCUACCUAGUUUACCCAACUUAAGUAUAAAAAGGAAUACGAGUGUAGGGAGAGGCAAUUUUAUAAGAAAUUUGGUCAUUUUUAAGAAGACUCAGUCGGACAUCUCUUCAUCCAAAUUAAUAUCGGUAGUAUCAAUAUCCUCCAGGUCUAAGUUAUCCAAAUCUUCAUCCAGUUCCAAUAGGGCCUAAAGCAGGAAGUGCAGAGUUAGAUGCCUGGUAUUUAACAAAGCAUUGUGUAUCACAACUGUAGAGGUCUAGUCCUGCUAACUGACACCAAGAAAGAAGCCUUCUU